CUCCACACGUGUGUAGGUCAACAACACACUGUAAUCCUCGCUUUUUCAGAUUAUAAUGGAAUUAAGUCAGCAAGUACCGCGCAAAAGUUUUAUAUGUUCAUUCCCUGACUGUCAUGCAUCGUACAACAAAGCAUGGAAACUAGAUGCUCAUAUUUGCAAGCACACGGGGCUGGUGAGUACAGUUUACUGGUAAGCUAAUCGCUAGCUAGCAACAUUUUGAGACACGCCAUGGACACCUGCAAGUUAAUUUUGUAGUCCCUGUAUUUGGUCUGUGGCUAGGCGAUUCAGCUGCCAAAAUAUAUUUUGAUGUAGUGCCAGGAAGUUAAAGCCUGAGUUCGUGCUUCAGCACAACUGCAGCCCCGCUACUUGGUUUGGUAAAGCUGCUGGGGGAAUUAAACCAGUCUCAAAUUAUUAGACUGUGCUGUGGAUGCAAGGACUGAUAGUCUCUGAGAUGACAUUGUUGUGUAUACAGACUCCAAUGACGAUAUAAAACAAACACCAGAGUAAUACGUUUUUUUUUCUAGCUCAGAUGAGACGGUUGUACUAGGCUUGGUUUAGGCUAAAUCGAGCUAUGUUACAUUGUUCUUCAAGAAUCAAUGGAUAUUGAUUGUAAUGACGAUUGAACAUCCCACGUUGUGCAUUUAAUGCCACCACCACACCAACGAUUUUUUUCCUCUACCAAUUAUGCGUCAAUUAAUUAUGUGUUAUGUUUGCAGAAACCAUUUGUGUGUGAACAUGACGGCUGUGACAAGUCAUUCUGCGACAAGUACCACCUAGCUCGGCACCAGCUGAGCCACAGUGGAGAGAGACCCUUUAGGUAGUAUUUGUUAUUUAGCCAGCUAGUGCAGACAUUCCAGACAAAUUGAAUACAGGAAGAGUUCUGGCUACAAUUGUGUUGUUCUGUUUGUUGACAGAUGUACAGUAGAUGGAUGCACAGAGGCCUUCACCGCAAAUUACAAUUUGAAGAAGCAUGUUAAUCGCAAACACAACCAUGAUGAGGAGAAACUGUAUGAAUAUGUGGUAAAUUAAUCUGAUUACUACAUUUUUAGUUGGUCUUAGUCAGUUUGCUGGUUGAACUCAGCCUCUGUAUUAUGAAAUGCAGUGCUUGGCUAACAGGUGUGUAAUUUGCAUUGCUGCAAUAAUUGUUUUACUCUUCCAUGUUUACAGUGUAGCUUUGAGGGAUGUGGGAAAGCGUUCAGGAAGAACAAUCAGCUCAAGUCACAUGAGUGCCAGCAGCACACCAAACUACCUCCCUUUCAGUGAGUAUAUUAAGCUGUUUGUUUUGCUAAUGGUAUAUUACUCCAUGUUGUUGGUUGAAAACCCAUGUCCUGGAGUGAAUGUAAAUUCAUUUUAAAUAUGACAGAUUUGAGCCGUGAACUGAAUAUCUAGGAUAUUGUAACCCAGGACAGUACAUGCCUGGCACUCCUAGCUUUGUAGUCUUGAGAAGAACACUUCUUAGUGAUCAGUGCAAGCUUUUUAUACUAAUAUCUGCCUUUGUCUUUCUCGCUCACUGGCUUUAUAGAUGUACCUUUGAGGGCUGUGAGAAACGAUUCACUUUCCCCAAUAAACUACGUCUUCACGAGAAGGUGCACAGAGGUAAGAUUUAUCUCCUGAUCCUGCAGCUGGCUUGUCUGGGAGUGACACAGACCUGUAGGAGACUAACUGCUAAAAUGUUGUUGUUUUUCUCUCUCUCAGGCUAUCCCUGUGAAGAAGAUGGCUGUUCUUUCAUUGGAAAGACAUGGACUGAGUAUACUAAGCAUAGGAGAGACCUACACAGAGGUAUGCUGUCUCACACCUUAUGAUUGACACAUUGCUUUCAGAAUAGUAUGUGUAUAAAAACAUUUUUUUUACCUGAACAAUUACAACAAAUGACAUCUCCUUAGAGGUCAAUGAAGGUCGCUGCAAGGUGAUUGUUUGUGCCUCCAGCACUUUUUCAGUGUAAUGAGUGUAGCAAGGUGUUUCGCGACACCUGGUUCCUGAAGCAGCACCAGCGUGUACACGCAGAGGAGCGCCAGGUGUUUAUCUGUCCCAGGGAGGGGUGCCAGAGGUCCUUCACCACGCCAUUCAACCUGCAAAGCCACAUCGGCUCUUUCCAUGAGGAGCUACGGCCUUACACCUGCCCCCAUGAAGGCUGUGGAAAGACAUUUGCCAUGAAGGUAUGGAUACCUGACCAGAGUCUUGUGUUGCUACAAGAUUCACCUCACUCUAAUUAGUUAAAAUCAGCUUCUGUAUCUGAUAAGGUAUAUUUGUAUGGGAGAGUUGUCCUCACAAAUUGUCAUUACAGUGAAAAUGUCAGUGAUAACAUGGAUAUGUUUAUUUUUUAUUUAUUUUUAUUUCACCUUUAUUUAACCAGGUAAGCCAGUUGAGAACAAGUUCUCAUUUACAACUGCGACCUGGCCAAGAUAAAGCAAAGCAGUGCGAUUAAAAACAACAACAGUUACAUAUGGGGUAAAACAAAACAUAAAGUCAAAAAUACAACAGAAAAUAUAUAUACAGUGUGUGCAAAUGUAGCAAGUUAUGGAGGUAAGGCAAUAAAUAGUGCAAAAUAAUUACAAUUAGUAUUAACACAGGAAUGAUAGAUGUGAAAGAGAUGAUUUGCAAAUAUUGAUAUUGGGGUGCAUAUGAGCAAAAUAAAUAACAAUAUGGGGAUGAGGUAGUUGGGUGGGCUAAUUUCAGAUGGGCUGUGUACAGGUGCAGUGAUCGGUAAGGUGCUCUGACAACUGAUGCUUAAAAUUAGUGAGGGAGAUGAGUCUCUAGUUUCAGAGAUUUUUGCAGUUCGUUCCAGUCAUUGGCAGCAGAGAACUGGAAAGAAUGGCGGCCAAAGGAGGUGUUGGCUUUGGGGAUGACCAGUGAGAUAUACCUGCUGGAGCGCAUACUACGGGUGGGUGUUGCUAUGGUGACCAAUGAGCUAAGAUAAGGCGGGGAUUUGCCUAGCAGUGAUUUAUAGAUGGCCUGGAGCCAGUGGGUUUGGCGACAAAUAUGUAGUGAGGACCAGCCAACAAGAGGGUACAGGUCACAAUGGUGGGUAGUAUAUGGGGCUUUGGAGACAAAACGGAUGGCACUGUGAUAGACUACAUCCAAUUUUCUGAGUAGAGUGUUGGAGGCUAUUUUGUAAAUGACAUCGCCAAAGUCAAGGAUCGGUAGGAUAGUCAGUUUUACGAGGGCAUGUUUGGCAGCAUGAGUGAAGGAGGCUUUGUUGCGAAAUAGGAAGCCGAUUCUAGAUUUAACUUUGGAUUGGAGAUGCUUAAUGUGAGUCUGGAAGGAGAGUUUACAGUCUAACCAGACACAUAGGUAUUUGUAGUUGUCCACAUACUCUAGGUCAGACCCGUCGAGAGUAGUGAUUCUAGUCGGGUGGGCCGGUGCCAGCAGGGUUCGAUUGAAGAGCAUGCAUUUAGUUUGACUAGUGUUUAAGAGCAGUUGGAGGCUACGGAAGGGGUGUUGUAUGGCAUUGAAGCUCGUUUGGAGGUUUGUUAACACAGUGUCCAAUGAAGGGCCAGAUGUAUACAAAAUGGUGUCGUCUGCGUAGAGGUGGAUCUGAGAGUCACCAGCAGCAAGAGCGACAUCAUUGAUCUACACGGAGAAAAGUCGGCCCAAGAAUUGAACCAUGUGGCACCCCCAUAGACUGCCAUAGGUCCAGACAACAGGCCCUCCGAUUUGACACAUUGAACUCUAUCUGAGAAGUAGUUGGUGAACCAGGUGAGGCAGUCAUUUGAGAAACCAAGGCUAUUUAGUCUGCCAAUAAGAAUGUGGUGGUUGACAGAGUCGAAAGCCUUGGCCAGGUCGAUGAAGACGGCUGCACAGUACUGUCUAUUAUCGAUUGCGGUUAUAAUAUCGUUUAAAACCUUGAGCGUGGCUGAGGUGCACCCAUGACCAGCUCGGAAACCGGAUUGCAUAGCGGAGAAGGUACGGGGUGAUCUGUUUGUUAACUUGGCUUUCAAAAACUUUAGAAAGGCAGGGCAGGAUGGAUAUAGGUCUGUAACAGUUUGGAUCUAGAGUGUCACCCCUUUGAAGAGGGGGAUGACCGCGGCAGCUUUCCAAUCUCUGGGGAUCUCAGACGUUACGAAAGAGAGGUUGAACAGGCUAGUAAUAGGGGUUGCGACAACUUCGGCGGCUAUUUUUAGAAAGAAAGGGUCCAGAUUGUCUAGCCCAGAUGAUUUGUAGGGGUCCAGAUUUUGCAGCUCUUUCAGAACAUCCGCUGUCUGAAUUUGUGUGAAGGAGAAGCAGGGGGGGGGCAUGGGCAAGUUGCAACGGAUGGUGCAGAGCUGGUGGCCGGGGUAGUGGUAGCCAGGUGGAAAGCAUGGCCAGCUGUAGCAAAAUGCUUGUUGAAAUUCUCGAUUAUUGUAGAUUUAUCGGUGGUGAUAGUGUUUCCUAGCCUCAGUGCAGUGGGCAGCUGGGAGGAGGUGCUCUUAUUCUCCAGGGACUUUAGUGUCCCAAAACUUUUUGGAGUUAGUGCUACAGGAUGCAAAUUUCUGUUUGAAAAAGCUAGCCUUUGCUUUCCUAAUUGCUUGUGUAUAUUGGUUCCUAACUUCCCUGAAAAGUUGCAUAUCGCGGGGGCUAUUCGAUGCUAAUGCAGUACGCCACAGGAUGUUUUGUGCUGGUCAAGUCUGAGGAGAACCAGGGGCUAUAUCUGUUCUUAGUUCUGAAUUUUUUGAAUGGGGCAUGCUUAUUUAAGAUUGAGAGGAAAGCACUUUUAAAGAACAACCAGGCAUCCUCUACUGACGUAAUGAGAUCGAUAACCAUCCAGGCACGAUACCUAGGCCAGGUCAAUUAGGAAGGCCUGCUCGCUAAAGUGUUUUAGGGAGCGUUUGACAGUGAUGAGGGGUUUGACCGCGGACCCGUUACGGACGCAGGCAAUGAGGCAGUGAUCGCUGAGAUCCUGGUUGAAGACAGCGGAGGUGUAUUUAGAGGGUAAGUUAGUCAGGAUGAUAUCUAUGAGGGUGCCCAUGUUUACGGAUUUAGGGUUGUACCUGGUAGGUUCCUUGAUAAUUUGUGUGAGAUUGAGGGCAUCUAGUUUGGAUUGUAGGAUGGCCGGGGUGUUAAGCAUAUCCCAGUUUAGGUCACCAAGCAGUACGAACUCUGAGGAUAGAUGGGGGGCAAUCAAUUCACAUAUGGUGUCCAGGGCACAGCUGGGGGCUGAGGGGGGUCUGUAGCAAGCGGCAACAGUGAGAGACUUAUUUCUGGAAAGGUGGAUUUUUAGAAGUAGGAGCUCAAACUGUUUGGGCACAGACCUGGAUAGUAUGAUAGAGCUCUGCAGGCUAUCUCUACAGUAGAUUGCAACUCCACCCCCUUUGGCAGUUCUAUCUAGACUGAAAAUGUUGUAGUUGGGGAUGGACAUUUCUGAAUUUUUGGUGGCCUUCCUAAGCCAGGAUUCAGACACUGCUAGAACAUCAGGGUUGGCGGAGUGUGCUAACGCAGUGAAUAACUCAAACUUAGGAAGGAGGCUUCUGAUGUUAACGUGCAGAAAACCAAGGCUUUUACGGUUACAGAAGUCAACAAAUGACAGCUCCUGGGGAGUAGGAGUGAUACUGGGGGCUGCAGGGCCUGGGUUAGCCUCUACAUCACCAGAGGAACAGGAGGACUAGAAUAAGGAUAUGGCUAAAGGCUUUAAGAACUGGUCUUCUAGUGUGUUGGGUACAGAGAAUAAAGGGGGCAGAUUUCUGGGCGUUGUAGAAUAGAUUCAGGGCAUUAUGUACAGACAAGGAUAUGGAAGGAUAUGAGUACAGUGGAGGUAAACCUAAGCGUUGGGUAACACUGAAAGAGAUAGCAUCACUGGAGGCACCGAUUGAGCCGGUCUUGGCGUGUAUGGGGGGUGGAACAAAGGAGCUGUUUGAGAGGGACUUGGGGUUCUACAGUGAAAUUGUAUAAUAAGAACUAACUGGAACAGCAAUAGGCAAGGCAUAUUGACAUGGGAGGGAGGCAUAAAGCAAUCACAGGUGUUAUUAGAGAGAGCUAAGACAAUAACUGGUAAUGGCGAUUAAAAUUUGGGCUGAGGCUAAACAGAUUAACAGGACAGGGUACCGUGUAAAGGAACAGUCCAGCAGGCAUCAGCUGUGCAGCUGAGUGAUCAUAAGGUCCAGUGAACAGCAAUAUGUGAGUCCGAGAGCAGUUCAAAUUGGUGCUACAGCACAUCGAGCAGGAAGCACGGCUGUUGUUUGCGUGUGCUAGCGGGCCGGGGCUAGCAGAUGGAUCUUCGUGAAGCCUGUUGAAACCACAGACGAUUACGUCGGCAGACCAGUCGUGAUGGAUCGGCGGAGCUCCGUGUCGACUCUAGGAGGUCCCGUCCGGUUGACAGAGAGGUAGAUAGCCGGGAGAUGUGCCUGACUCGAGGCUAGCUCAAGGCUGAUUAGCCAACAACAACAUCCAUUUGGUUGCAGCUAGCUAGUUGCGAUGAUCCGGUCUUAAAGGUCCAGUGAUUCAGUGAUUCCGGCAGAAAAUCCGAUAGGUUCUGGGUCGAUAACGCGCUGUGCAGACUGGCCUAUUAAUAGUCCAGGCUAGAGCUGGCUGGUAGGUAGUGCAGGCCACGGACAAUGGUGAAAAAACGCUAACGGUGGCUAAUAGCAAGUAGCUAGUUAGCUGACUACUCCCGUCCGGUAGACAAAGAGGGUAGAUAGCCGGGAUAUGUGGACCUAUGUUCCCUGUAAUAGAAAACUGUCUGUCUUUCGCAGCAAAGCUUACAACGCCACAGUGUUGCCCACGAUCCAGAACGGAAGAAACAGGUUAGAAUAUACAUAUGUAUGCUUGAAUACGUUCAUUUAUUUGAACACACACUUCUUGUAGCCAGUACUUAAACCGUACAUUUUGUGCUGUUCCUCGCAUCCUAUAAAUGUUUAAUGCAUAUUAUUGCUGUUUAUUGAUUUGUAACUGUUAGCGUUUCAGCCCUGUAUUAGCUAACCAUCCAUUUUUCAUAUCUGCAGAAGAAACCCCAUUCCAAGCGAUCCCUGGUUUCCAGACUGAGUGGUUACAAGCCCAAGAAUAACCAUUGUGCAAAGCCCCAUGUAGCUUUGCAAUCAGAAUCCAUUGUAAAGGGUCAGUCAGAGCAAACAAACACUGUUGGAUCAGAGCCUAUUGCCCUUCUUCAAGAGACCGUCUUUUGCAACUCGGGUUAAGAAAUCAAACAAUGACCACCUGACUGGAUUUAGCCAUAUGGCAGUAUUACUUUUACAGUGCCAAUUACUUUUACUAGCCUUCGCUAGUUUAGUUCACUGUGCGUAGAUUUUUCAUUUGUACUUGAUCUCAUGAGUUUACACGCACAACUGUUCAGUUUGAUUUGUAUUUAUUAAGUUAAGUGCUGUCAGGUCUGUGGGGAGAGCAGUGAGUGAUGUUGGGCUGUCCAGAGGAUGGUGCUGCGGCAGCUUUGUUCAUUUCUUUGACUUCCUUCGCCAAAGGUGGACGCAGGAUGCACAUGGCA